GCAAAAUGUACUUCAACAAGUUUCGCUUUAGUCGCGGUUUUGCGGUUCUUUCGUUACGUCGCGCUGUCGGUCGAAUAAUAAACACAAUUGACCUUUUUUGUGUUUGGGGAGUUUGGUGUAAUACGUGAGACAUUUUAGAGGAUGAUUUUUUAAAAAAACCGAUUAUAAUACGGCAUACAAUUGAAAAAUCAUGACGUCGAGACUGGCUCAGAUGCAAGCGCGUUUCCAGCAGAAGCAAAUCCAAGAAAAAGAAGAAAAACUGCUGAAACUUUACGAGAAUCAGCAGCAGAGAGCUAUCGAGAGGGUGGGGCGUAGUAGUGCCGGCAGUAUUACCACUACUAGCACUGUUGGAGCUACAAAACCUCGACUUAGCCUGGAUGACCGAAGGCAAAAAGCCGGAGUGGACAAAAGCUACCCCCUGCAACCCCUAAAAACCAACACGAGGGUAAACAAAACAGUUGCCAGCAGCAGGACGACGACUGUAGUAAAAUCCAGUGCGAAAAAGACAGUUAGUCAAGUGAACAAUAACAAGCCAGUGGUUAGUCAAACUGGAUCGUAUAAAAAAGUGACAAAUAAUAAUUAUAAAAACGGUAAUUAUGAGGAGGAGGCUCAAGUUAUUGAUGGGUAUGAUACUGUUGAUAAUGGACGUGAUCAUUUGACUGAUUUGUUAAAUGAUAAUGAUGCGGGAUUGGAUGAUGAGGAACUUCCAAAAAUAGGUUUUAAUGACGAUCAUUCAGAAAUUAUUAGCAACAAACCCAUCCAGAAAAAUCCAGGCAAGAAACCAAUAGAGCCCAAAUCCACACCUAACGGACCACCAAAUCAACGAAAUGGAAUUUCCAGGACAGAAGCAAAAGUACCGCCAACGAAACCCGCCCCCCAAAGGUCCAGCUCGAGCGUAUCGUCCGCCUCCAGUCACUCAUCCAGAAACUCACCGCCAAGGACAAACGACAAUAUGAGCUCGAAACAAGUUAGGGCGCCAUCUAAUAACCGCCCCUCAUCGAAACAACUUACCCCCAAAUCGCCAGUGGUAAGGGAUGAUUUGGCGGAAUGUCGAUUUUGUGGUAGACGGUUUGCUAGCGACAGGUUGGGAGUCCACGAGGAUAUUUGUGGUAAAACUGGAAAGAAGAAGAGGAAGACUUAUGAUGCUACUAAGCAUAGAGUGUUGGGUACUGAGUUGGAGUCUUAUGUGCUAAAACCUGGGAGUAAGAAGGCUGGAACCAGUAGUAAGGCAUCCGCCAAACUUUCCGCCCCAAAAUCCACCUGGAGAAAAACCCACGAGGAAUUCAUCGCCGCCAUAAGGGCGGCCAAACAAGCGCAAGCGUACGUAGCAAAGGGCGGCAAACUGACCGACCUGCCGCCGCCCCCACCGUCCACCAAUCCCGACUAUGUACAGUGUCCACACUGUGGAAGAAGGUUUAACGAAUCUGCCGCCCAAAGACACAUCCCCAAAUGUGCCACCUAUGAAUUUAAUAAACCGAAGGGCGGGCAGGCUAAAGGGCGACCUGGAAAGAGAUAAUAGAACAACGGGUUUAUCAUUAUUUUAGUCAACGAGAGAGAGAGAGCCAUAGAUAGUGUCUGACAGUGAUGUCGAUGGCCCUCUUUAUAUCUAAAAUAAUUUUUUUUAUACAGGUUUUUAUAGAGUUUAUAAACAUAUUAAAUAACAAUGUUAAAAAUAUAAUUAAAACAAGUCUCAUAAGUGCC